UUGUCCGCUCGAGGAGCAGGCACGGGGUGCCCUGCGGGGGGGGGGGGCGCUAUGAACUCCCCUUCCAGCCCGCUCCUGUCCGCACUGAACGAGCCUGCCCCCGGCCCGCACCCAUCUCCCCGCACGUCCUCCACUCCGCCCCGUCCUUGCUGCCCCGCCGGUCCUUCCCGCGCCGCAGCUGCGGGCACGUGGGCUCCGGCCCCUCGCCCCGCACCUGUGCAGCAGCCGGGCCCGGUGCGGCGGAGCCCGGCCCUUCCCGCCCGCCCGCCCGCCCGCAUGGAGAAGGAGAAGGAGCGGGCGCCCCCGCCGCUAGCCCCGGUCCCGGCCCCGGAGGUGCUGGGCGACGUGCUGCAGGAGCGCUACGGCCCCCUGCCCUCGGCAGCCGCCAUCAGCAGGAUGAGGAGGCAGCCCUCGGGCCGCUACCUGUGCACCGAGAGGCUGGAGGAGGUGCUGGAGAGGCGGCAGGCGGCCAAUGCCAAGGAGAGAGAGCGGAUCAGAGACUUGAACAGUGGUUUUUCAAAGCUGAAGAUGAUUGUGCCAUUGAUACCUAAAGACCGGAAGCCUAGUAAAGUUGAUACACUCAAAGCAGCCACUGAAUACAUACGUCUACUCCACGUGAUCUUGGAAGAAACUGAAGGCUUUGAGGUACAGGAAAACUGUCCCUUAACUCAACAUAAUCAAUUUGUUAUUCUUUAAGGGGUGCUGGUGUCAACAUGCAUGUCAGCAGACUUGGUGACUGCUUAUUAAUGUUGUUAGCAGAACCCUAAGCAUAACUCCAGCCCGACUUGUGUACAUCUUGAUCUUCAUAGUUAAUAUGCUACCUCUUUAAAAAGAGCAUGCCCUGUUCCUUCCUUCCUUUCUAUUGAGUAAAAAUACCAAAAUGAACAGGGCAGCUUCAUUUGGAAACCUGAUAACAAAUGGCAAAUGUAUUCUAUAUAACCAGUUAUCUCUACCAUGGUGACUCCGUCCUGACUUCUGUCUUGGACCAGCAGAAACUGAGGAGCUGUGGGCUAGAUGGUGACUCUUCAGCUAAAAAGCUUUGUUGGAAGAUGUCAGUCUCUUCAAGUGGUUUUGUGAGCAAUUAAAUAAAAAACUUGGUAGAUUUUUGUGUUGUUGCAAUUAAAAGCAU